AUGAAAGCAUACUGGUAUGACGAUGAGGAGGGUGACCAACGCGCAGCGCAUAACUCCGGGCGCGCUGUAGACGAAUCUUACCUCUCUAAACUCGGUGUUCUAUACCGGAACUGCCCCAAUAUUUCCGAUGUCGACCGCCUUGCAACCGAACGGGGUUACAAGAACCGGGAUGAAAUCACGGUCUCUCCCGAGAAAAUGGGCCAAAGCUAUGAACAGAAAGUGAAGAUGUUUUUCCAUGAGCAUUUGCAUGAGGACGAGGAGAUUAGAUAUAUUCUUGAUGGCGAGGGAUAUUUUGAUGUCCGGAGCGAAGAGGACGCGUGGGUGAGAAUUGCGGUGGAGAAAAAUGAUCUUUUGGUGUUGCCUGCGGGAAUUUAUCAUCGAUUCACGACAGGGGAGAGCAACUAUAUCAAAGCUAUGCGAUUAUUCCAAGAUGAGCCCAAAUGGACACCGUUGAACAGGGGGCCUGACUUGGACGAAAACAAACAUCGAAAAGCAUACCUCGAGUCUCGGGCUGUGGCUGCUGUAUAA